AUUUUAGUUGCAUGUGGCAAUAUCGAUUUUGUUUAAAAAGCUGUUUACGUCGUGAUCAAUUUCUGCUCGCACAUGGAGUGCCAGAGGAAAAUACUUUUAUCAUAUAAAAUAAAAAAGAACCUUCCAUUUGCAAAUGAAUCUCUUGGAUAUGUUGUGGGCUGGGAAACAGAAGAAGAGACUUUUUGCAUGGGUAUUACUGCAUCCAUCGAGCAUGUAUUGCUUGGUCUGGAGGUAAUAGGCUUUUUUUGUCAAGUGCAAGAAAGAUUAGGUCAAAAUGAACUUCUGGCCAUUUGUGAGCAGAAAUAUGGUUCUCUUAAACUGGAUCUUGAGAAUCCAGUGGUGCUUUUUCUAUGGAAGGAAGAUGGAGAUGUAAACAUUAUUGCCAAAUCUUAUUCUUCUUACUAUGGUACUCUUACUGAUCUUGAUUUAUCAGAUAUUGAUACUAAUCCUACUGUGUUAGUAAGAGCUCGAGGGCAUGUUCCUUUGAUAUUAGAAAUAGCCUCAGACCCAGAUACUUUGAAAGAAAAUGUGGAGCUUGCACUAGAGAAACUAAGAACUGUUUUUCAAAGUCAGAUGGUUGCUUUCAUUUUGCAUGGUUGUAAUUAUAUUGUGCACUCUUCACAAGAUGGAUCAACCAUGAAGAUGAAGGAAUUGAUAAAAUUAGUUAAUGAGAAUGAAUCAAGUGAAAAUUUGAAAAUUAAGAAGAAUUUGAAGAAAAAGUGUCCUUUGGAUUUUGAUAUUUUACUGCAAACAAGUGGUAAUGCUGCUCUUGAAAACAAUUUCAAUCAUUCAAUAGUUAUCCACUGCCAGAGGCGUGAAUUUCGUUGUAUUUCUUUAAGUGUUCCACUUGAUGUGAUUGUUGUUGGUUUUGAAUCAACAUGUACUGAUACUAUUUAUAAUCUUUUACAAAGUGCAGUUGAUCGUCAGUUAUCUCAAAUUAGUCAGUGUUUGCUUACACAUGUAAAGUCUUUAGAAACUUUGUUGCCUGUGCCUCAUCACUUUUAUCCUGAUAUGUGGGAAUUUCCAGUAACCUUAAUUUAUCCAUCGAAUAAAACAGAUAAAGAGCUUGAAAACUACCGAAAAGAACUGCACAAGAAACUACUAUUACCUCUUGAUCGCCCUUUUCUGAGAAAGUUGAAUGCGUGUGAUUUUUCAAUAGUUUCACCUUCUGGCCACUUGAUCAAUCCUCAUGAAGGUCUGAAUUCCUCUGGAGUGGUUGGUGGUAAAUGUGCCAUUGUUUAUGGGAAAUAUAAUUACCAUCAUUACAUGCAAGAUCAUGUUAAUGAUAAUGGUUGGGGAUGUGCCUAUCGGUCCUUGCAGACAAUCAUUUCAUGGUUUAAAUACCAAGGGUAUACCGACCGAAGUGUGCCAACUCAUACGGAAAUUCAAGAAGCUUUGGUAGAAAUUGGGGAUAAACCACAAACAUUUGUUGGCUCCAAGAAGUGGAUUGGUUCUCAAGAAGUGAGCUUCUGCUUAGAUCACAUAAUUCAGGUUCAAUCAAAAAUCAUGUUCGUUAGCUCAGGAGCAGAAAUGGCAAAUAAAGGUCGUGAAUUAUACUAUCACUUUAGAGAUCAAGGAACACCUGUUAUGAUUGGUGGUGGAGUUCUAGCACAUACAAUAAUAGGAGUAGAUUUUAAUGAAGAUACUGGAGAUCUUAAGUUCCUUAUUUUGGAUCCACAUUACACUGGUAGUGAAGAUCUGCAUACUGUUUUAAAUAAGGGCUGGUGUGGAUGGAAAGGCAUUCAAUUUUGGGAUCAGACUGCUUUCUACAAUCUCUGCCUGCCACAGCGACCACUUGGAAUAUAAAGUAUAGACAUGAAUUUUUAAAGAAAUGUAAAUAUUGCCAGAUCCAGAAGUUGUCUAAAAUACUUACAUUUAUUGCUAGAAUGUUUAUUUAAAGGAUGUACAGUUUAUUUUGCACUGGAAGUUGUUCAACAAUAAAGUAUUUUUUAUACAUA